AUGACUGCACGGUUGGCGCGGUGGCUGGGCAACUGGCUGCCGUGCAACGUGUCGCGGCUUCGAUUCCCGCACGGAACAACUCUUUCUGUGAUCCACGAACGAUAUUAUAUAGAGCAAACGCUAUGCAAACAAGACUUUUACUAUAAAAAAUAUCAGGAAGACAAGAAUGCCCAAGAUGCACCAGAUAGAAUUAUUAAUCUAAUGCGUUCAUAUUAUGAAGAGAAUCACGCGAGAAUUGCAGCUUUAAACCCUUUGAGGUUCAUGUACGAAGAAAGCCCAUACUAUGAACAAGGAUAUGUCAUUUCAGAAAUACUGGAAAGGUACAGAAAGAUGGUUGAAACAGUUCAAAGGCCUUUUAAAUAUAAGUCGGAUAGUUUCUUUGUGAUCCUCAAGCGAGUCGAGUUGACACAAAAACUCUACUUCGAAAUCUACCACUUGGCAAGGAUGAUGCAUGAGACUCCAAGGAAAUGGAAGAGUGUACCGGAGUUCAGGGAAACAGAGCAACUACCUAUGUCCAAAAACAAAAAAGGGGGUUCCGCAACUCUUUUGUCCGAUGACGAGGCCCAAGGUCCAAGCGCAGAAGAUUUGGCAAAAAUAAACGAAUUCAAAGAAGCAAUAGGCGCCGCCGAGAAAAAACGGCAACUAGAAAAGAAAAGGAAACGUAAACUCAAUAAAAAAAUACGAGAAUUGAUAUUGCAGAAGGCUGAGAAGUAUCCCAACAUGAAGUUCAAUUACUCUGAAUGGUUUAAACAUUUGGAAAGGAAAUAUAAUGAAAAGUGGCCCAUUGAUUACGGAUGGGAAAUCGAAGAUGACUGGUAA